AGUUUUACCAAACAUAGCCUAUAAGAAUAAGAACAGGCAUGCGAUAUUUGUCUCAUUGCUAUUUUUUCCUUUCAACUAUUCCUCUCAAAGACCCCUCACUACACACGAAUUCCGAGAAAAUCAUACAACAAAUCCCAGAUAUUUUCCCGAAAUGCAAGAAUUUCACUCCAUCGAAGGCGUUAAUCAUCAUCAACAUCUUAAUCAUGCUUUGAAGUGUCCUCGUUGUGAUUCCUUUAACACAAAGUUCUGCUACUACAACAACUACAACCUCUCUCAGCCUCGCCAUUUCUGUAAAAACUGCCGCCGUUACUGGACCAAAGGCGGCGUCCUCCGUAACGUCCCCGUCGGCGGCGGUUCCCGCAAAUCAAAGCACUCCAAAAACUCAAAGGCAGUUUCAUCUUCCUCCAGUACGGCUUCAUCACCACCGGGGGCGGACGAGCACAAGUCCAACAGUGAAAGCUCCACCUUCACCGCCGCCGCCACGGAGGCGAUAUCCAACACUCCGAUAUCUAACGCUACCGUUACUCCAAGAUCAAAAAACGAUGCGUUUUUGUUUGGGAACAAUAUUAUAGAUGCGUCGUCGUUUGGGUUCGGUUUUAAUCAUCAACAUCAACAGCAACACGGGAAUGAUCAGGUACACGUAGCACAGCAACAGAACAGCCAUCAACGGUUGUCGUUGCUCCAUCAGCAGCAGUUAUCAAAUGGAUUUGGAUCGUUGGAUUGGGAAGCUAGUGCGGGUAAUUGUUUGUUUGAUGUUCCUAACACCGUUGAUCAGUCGUAUUGGACACAUUCACAUUGGUCUGAUCAUCAUGUUAAUCACUCUUCUCUUUUUCAUCUUCCAUGAAUAAGCCUUAAUAAACUUCUACUUUUACAUUCUUUUUGUUUUGUAUCAAAUACUUGGUCUUUUGCUUGGAUUUAAUAGACAAAAAGCAUUUUGCAUACAAGAUAUAAUGUAAUCUUUGUUUUUGUGUUGAUUAUGCUUUGAUCUCAAAGGGAUGUUUGCACAACUAAUAUAUAUAUCCUUGUUGCUUUGCCUCA